AUGAAGAAAAUAACUAAGCCUAAAAUAGAUAUGAAAAACAACAAAGCAAAUUUCCCAAACACAUAUACUUGUUUUAAGGCCCAACUUCAUAUACACUCUCAUCUCCAAAAUUUUAACCGCCCAGUACAAAAGCAUCGGAUCAAUCCCGUUGGGUCCGGCAACCGUGGGAAGCUCCCACAACACGGCCCGCCCGUCGCCCCCUGCGGAGCAUAUAAGCCUCAGCUUUGCGGGGGCCACGAGAUGGCAUUCACGCUGCCUAUGUUCCUCUCCAGCACGGCCACUGGCACGUUCAGAUCUCAUGAAGUGAAACACAUCGCUCGCUGCAAUUUCCGUAAGGCUUUACAUGAGCUAAUCCUUCCUUUGAUCGCAAUCGUAGGCUGGCAGAUCUCCCUAGCCGCCGUCGUGGUCCCAGUCGCCAACAACCUCAUCCAGCAUGGCCACAACGCGGAAUCCACCAAGUACCUCCUCCGAAGAAUCAGAGGCACAAACAAUGUCGAGAUUGUUGUUGUUUUUGAGAUGUUCUCGAGUUUGGUAGUCCUUGAACAGAGGCUGGAACUCCUGCGGACUUGGGUCAAUGCCGGAGAUCGGGUCAUCGAACAGAGGCUAGUACUCCAGCGAGUUGAGGAA